AACAUUUGUUACCGCACAAGAAAACUCGGCACUGUUCCCCCUCUCGCCUCUCACUGUAUUAUCCUUUCCUCUUCUCUCCUCUCUCACAUUUCUCUCAUCCUAAAACCCUUGUUCUCUCUCUUUCUUUCUCUCUCGCAAAUUCAAUUCUAGGGUUUUGAGAAUAUCAUCCAAACCUCAACACGCAUGGCCUCUCAAUCGGCCAAUCUGUGGGUGCUGCUGGGGUUGGGAUUGGCUGGAAUUCUGUUCGUGACGAGAAAGCUCAAGAAAGUCAUCAGAGAGGACUUCGGCGCCUUCGUCGAGAAGCUUCAGCUGCUUCCUCCUCCUCCGCCGCCUCCUCCCAAAGCUCCCUACCCCCUCACCGGCCUCACCUUCGCCGUCUCCGACGUAUUCGACAUUGAUGGUCAUGUCACUGGAUUUGGUCAUCCAGACUGGGUGAUGACACAUGACAAAGCUUCUUGGACAUCUCCUGUGGUUACUGCUCUUGUCGAAGGAGGUGCCACUUGCAUUGGAAAAACUGUUGUGGACGAACUAGCAUAUGGUAUCAGUGGAGAAAAUAAGCAUUAUGGUACACCUACCAAUCCUGCAGUGCAUGAAAGAGUACCGGGUGGAUCCUCUAGUGGAGCUGCUGUGGCUGUGGCUGCUAAUCUUGUUGACUUCUCAUUGGGUAUUGAUACGGUUGGUGGCGUGAGAAUUCCUGCUGGAUUUUGUGGCAUUUUAGGAUUCCGACCCUCACAUGGGGCUGUUUCUCAUGUGGGCAUUAUACCUAUUUCGACAAGCCUUGACACAAUUGGAUGGUUCGCCAAGGAUCCUAAUAUUUUACGUCGUGUUGGCCAUGUCCUGCUGCAACUUCCAUAUGCCAUUCAACGCAGUCCUAGACAAAUUAUAAUUGCUGAUGAUUGCUUUCAACUCUUAAAGAUUCCUGUUGACAGAGUUGCACAAGUGGUCAUCAAAUCCACCGAGAAGCUUUUUGGAAGACAAGUAUUGAAGCAUGAAAAUGUCGAGGACUAUCUCAGGUCUAAAGCUCCAAGCUUGAAAGCUUUGCAUAGCAAGAAAUCAAAUGGUGAGCUGAAAACUUUCUCAACAAGAUUGCUUGCGAAUGUUAUGCAGUCUCUUCAAAGACAUGAGUUCAAACAUAAUCAUGGGGAAUGGAUUAGCUUGGCAAAGCCUGUUUUAGAUCCUGCUAUCUCGGCACAAAUAUACGAAACACUGGACACAGAAGAUACAGAUAUUGAAAAAUACAAAGCAAUCAGGGAUGAAAUGCGUACCGCUAUCUCCUCUCUUUUAAAGGAUGAUGGAAUUCUGGUGAUCCCUACCAUUGCUGAUCCUCCUCCAAAACUUGGUGGGAAGGAGAUCCUAUCAGAGGAGUACCAGAGCCGUGCAUGCAAUUUGUUAAGUGUUGCUAGCGUAUCAGGUUGCUGUCAGGUCACAAUACCUCUGGGAUUUCACAACAAGUGUCCCCUUUCAGUGUCCUUCAUUGCCAGGCAUGGUGGUGAUCGCUUUUUACUAGAUACAGUGCAGACCAUGUAUACGUCUCUCCAGGAGCAGGCUGAUAUUGCUGCCAAAUCCAAAGUUUCAAAAAAUGCUGUCAGCAAGGAGCAGUCUGCUGAGAUUGCUAAGGAAAAGGGCAACCAAGCAUUCAAAGAUAAACAGUGGCAGAAGGCUAUUGGGUUUUAUACAGAAGCUAUCAAACUUAGUGGUACUAAUGCAACCUAUUAUAGUAACAGGGCUUUAGCAUAUCUGGAACUGGGGAGUUACCUCCAAGCUGAGGCAGAUUGUACUCAAGCUAUCAAUCUUGAUAAAAAGAAUGUAAAGGCCUAUUUACGUAGAGCCACAGCAAGGGAGAUGCUUGGCUAUUAUAAGGAAGCAAUUGAAGAUUUUAGAUAUGCGCUUGUACUUGAGCCAACCAAUAAAAGAGCAUCACAAUCUGUUGAAAGAUUAAGGAAGCUAUUUCAGUAGGUUAUUCAAGUUUAAGCAAGCUCUCAUCGCGCAAACCCUCGGACCCUUUGGGGUCAUCAAUCUCAUGGAUGAUACAUUUUUUGAGGUCCUCUUUACCAGAAAAGAAAAAGAAAAAGAAAAACCUUUCCCCUUUUUCAGAGGUCUGAAAAGCAUUUUGUUGUGUUGUGUUGUGUAAUGUAAUAUGUGGAAGUAUAGUUAAAUUUUGUUUCUUCUUGAAUUUUUGCAUUCAGGUUGUACUUCUAUUUUUGAGGUGAGCUUUUAAUAGUUAUUGUUGAGUAUAGCUUGCAAAUAGCUUCUUAUGGAUUUAAAAUUUGCUCU